GUCAUCAUCUCCUUCCCUUCUUCUUCUCUCUCUCUCUCUCUCUCUCUCUCUCUAUCAGUAGAAUCUCGCUCGCCAAGGAAAGAAAAAAAAAAAAAGACAAACACUUUCUUAAAACUGACCAUUUCAAUUUCAAUUCUUUUUUUAUUUUUUUGAUUUUUUUUAAGAGGUGGGACAUUUGACUACUGCUCUUUGUUCCUUUCUCUGCAUUUCUCAAAUAACCAGGUUGUGAAGAUAGCUUGCUUACUGAGCUGUAAAAGUUUACAGAAUUCAGAAUGGAAGAGGAGACUGCUGUUCAGCUUCUACAGAGAUACAGGCGCGACAGGCGCAUACUUGUGGAUUUUAUACUUUCUGGUAGCUUAAUUAAGAAAGUUGUAAUGCCUCCUGGUGCUGUUACACUAGAUGAUGUGGAUCUAGACCAAGUCAGUGUAGAUUACGUCCUUAAUUGUGCUAAAAAAGGUGGAAUGCUUGAGCUUUCCGAUGCAAUAAGAGAUUACCAUGAUAACACUGACUUGCCCCACAUGAAUAAUGGCAGUUCUGCUGCUGAAUUUUUCUUGGUUACAAAUCCUGAUUCUUCAGGAUCACCUCCAAAAAGGGCCCCACCACCUAUUCCUGUUUCUACACCGGCCCCUGUGCAUACUCCUCCAAUAAUUGUAUCAUCCCCUGUAGCAUCAUUUUCAAGCAUAGGAAAAUCAGAAUCCUUCAACUCCACUGAAGUUCGAGAGCUGACUGUGGAUGACAUUGAAGAUUUUGAGGAUGACGAAGAUGAACUUGAGGAAGUUGAAAGUGUCAGGAUUUCAAGGCGCAAUACAACUGGAGCUGCUGAUCUUAUUCCCAAAUUGCCUGCUUUUGCAACAGGUAUUACAGAUGAUGACCUCCGUGAAACUGCAUAUGAAGUCCUCUUGGUAUGUGCUGGUGCAGCAGGGGGCCUAAUAGUCCCAUCAAAGGAGAAAAAGAAAGACAAAAGGUCCAAGUUGAUGAGGAAGCUUGGACGUAGUAAAAGUGAGAAUGUUGUCCAGUCUGAUCGUGCUCCGGGAUUGAAUGGCUUGUUAGAGAUCAUGCGUGCUCAGAUGGAGAUAUCUGAGGCAAUGGAUGUUAGAACAAGAAAAGGGCUGCUAAAUGCUCUUGCUGGUAAAGUGGGGAAAAGAAUGGAUACUCUGCUGAUUCCUUUGGAACUGUUAUGCUGUAUUUCACGGACAGAAUUUUCUGACAAGAAAGCAUAUAUACGGUGGCAGAAAAGGCAGUUAUUCAUACUGGAGGAGGGGCUUAUCAAUCACCCAGUUGUUGGGUUUGGUGAAUCUGGGCGUAAGGCAAGUGACUUGAGGAUUCUUUUGGCAAAAAUUGAGGAAUCUGAGUUUCGUCCAUCUUCUGAGGGGGAAGUCCUACGAACAGAAUGCUUGCGGUCUCUCAGAGAGGUUGCUGUUCCACUUGCUGAGAGACCAGCUCGGGGUGACUUAACUGGUGAAGUAUGCCACUGGGCAGAUGGUUAUCACCUUAAUGUUAAAUUAUAUGAGAAGCUCCUACUCAGUGUAUUUGACAUCUUAGAUGAGGGGAAGCUGACAGAGGAAGUGGAAGAAAUACUUGAGCUCUUAAAGUCAACCUGGCGUGUUCUAGGACUUACAGAGACUAUCCAUUAUGCAUGCUAUGCAUGGGUAUUAUUUCGUCAGUAUAUUAUCACACAAGAGCACAGUCUCUUGCAGCAUGCCAUUCAACAGCUAAAGAAGAUACCAUUGAAGGAACAACGGGGCCCACAAGAGAGGUUGCACCUGAAAAGUUUGUGUUCCAGAGUUGAGGGCGAAGAUUUAUCUUUCUUGCAGUCCUUUUUGUCACCAAUUCAGAAAUGGGCUGAUAAGCAGCUAGCGGAUUACCAUAAGAAUUUUGCUGAGGAAUCUGCAACUAUGGAGGAUGUAGUAUUAGUUGCGAUGGUUACUCGGAGACUACUUUUGGAAGAAUCUGAUCAGGGAUCUCUCACAGACCGGGAUCAGAUUGAGUCAUACAUAUCAACUUCCAUUAAGAACGCAGUUACAAGAACUUUGCAGGCUGUUGAAAGAUUAGACACAAGGCAUGAGCAUUCUCUGGCAUUGCUUGCAGAAGAGACCAAGAAGCUUCUGAGAAAAGAAUCAACCAUAUUCACACCAAUCUUGUCUCGGAGACAUCCACAAGCAAUCAUUUUUUCAGCAUCACUUCUUCAUAGGCUCUACGGGAUGAAGUUGAAACCAUUUCUUGAUGGUGCUGAACAUCUCACUGAGGAUGUUGUAUCAGUGUUUCCGGCCGCUGAUAGCCUUGAGCAGUAUAUAAUGUCACUUAUUGCUUCUGGAGAGGGGAAUGCGGAAGUCAAUUUCAGGAAACUAACUCCAUAUCAAGUUGAAUCUAUUUCUGGAACGCUGGUUAUGCGAUGGGUCAAUUCACAGCUUGGAAGAAUUUUAGGUUGGGUUGAGCGGGCCAUCCAACAAGAGAGAUGGGAGCCUAUAUCUCCACAACAGCGGCAUGGGAGUUCAAUUGUUGAAGUAUAUAGGAUCGUGGAAGAGACAGUUGAUCAAUUUUUUGCUCUAAAAGUUCCAAUGAGGCCUUCAGAAUUGAAUGGCCUUUUUCGGGGUAUUGAUAAUGCAUUUCAAGUGUAUUCAAAUCAUGUCAUUGAGAAGUUGGCAACCAAGGACGAUUUGAUUCCACCUCUUCCUAUUCUCACAAGAUACAGGAAGGAAGCUGGAAUAAAAGCUUUUGUAAAGAAGGAACUAUUUGACUCUAGGCUGCCUGAAGAGACAAAAUCGAGUGAAAUCACUGUCCAGGCUACUCCUAUUCUUUGUGUUCAGUUGAAUACACUAUAUUAUGCAAUUAGUCAACUGAAUAAGUUGGAAGAUAGCAUUUCGGAGCGAUGGACAAAGAAAAAACCCCGUGAACAAUUUAUCAGGAAAUCUAUGGAUGAGAAGUCCACAAGUUUUAAGCAGAAAGGCACUUUUGAUGGGAGUAGAAAAGAUAUAAAUUCUGCUAUUGAUCGUAUCUGUGAGUUCACUGGAACUAAAAUAAUCUUUUGGGAUUUGAGGGAGCCGUUCAUUGAACAUCUAUAUAAGCCCAAUGUUACACACUCUAGGCUGGAAGCACUGAUUGAACCACUUGAUACAGAACUAAAUCAGCUCUGUAGUGUUAUUGUGGAACCACUCAGGGAUCGUAUUGUGACGAGUCUCCUUCAAGCUUCUGUGGAUGGGUUACUCCGUGUAAUAUUAGAUGGAGGACCAUCUCGAGUUUUCUCUCCAGCUGAUGCAAAACUAUUGGAAGAAGAUCUGGAAAUUUUGAAGGAAUUUUUUAUUUCUGGAGGAGACGGGCUUCCUAGAGGAGUAGUUGAGAACCAUAUAGCACGAGUUCGUCAUGUAAUUAAGUUGCAUUCCUAUGAGACUCGAGAAUUGAUUGAUGACCUGAAAUCUGCGAGUGGGCUGGAAAGGCAGGGCGGUGGAGGCAAAUUAGGUGCUGAUACUCAGACUUUAUUGAGAAUAUUAUGUCAUCGGAGCGACUCGGAGUCGUCCCAGUUCCUCAAGAAACAGUUUAAAAUACCUAAAUCUUCAGUAUAAUGGACUGCCUGAUUAUACUUGGGAGUUGCAGAGAAUGUAGGAAAGAGUCAACUGUGCAUUUGUAGCAAUUCAACCUCUGUCCAUAUUAUAUCAAUUAUAUUCUUCUCCAUUUCCAUUUCCCUCAACCCCUAUACCCUCAAUCCUUCUCUUAGGAAACUUUUUGUAUAUUUCUGUUUAAAAUUUCUCCAUGCAGUUGAACAGGUUUUUGUAAUUUACAUGCAUGCUCUUUCCUGUCACUGUUUCAGCGACAACCAGAUUCUUUUAUUAGAAAACCUGAACUUGACGGCGAAGUAGAUUUUGGCUGUAUUUUCCGAACACCUUUUUGAGAAAAGAAUGUAAAAGUUUCUUUCUUUA